AUGUACUUCAUCUUGCACCUGUACAACGUUACAGCUCAGCAGUGCCCGGAACUGACCACCCUUAUAAACGGAGCCGUGAGCGGGUCCAACACUUACGGUGAAGAGCUCACCUUCACAUGUGAUACGGGGUAUGCUCUGGUUGGAGCCUCAACAUUGUCCUGUCAGGCUGACGGGACCUGGAGUGGAAGUCCACCAACUUGUGAAGUUUUACAGUGUCCCAUAGUGCCAUCUCCUGCAAACGGUGUGAAGGAGAGCUCGUGUGAAGGAGAUCUCACAUUCACGUGUGACGCGGGAUACAAUCUGGUCGGCACUUCUACAUUGACCUGUCAGGCUGACGGGACCUGGAGUGGAACUCCACCAACUUGUGGAGCUGUGCAGUGUCCGCUGAUAACUGCUCCUGCUCACUCUACGAUGACCGGUGGCAACUCUUACCCAGAUGUAGUGCACUUCACCUGUGACGAAGUUGUACGAUGUACGCGUGCGAUUCCACCGUUAGAUGGUUCUAUGACUGGAGGCAACGCCUACCAAGACACUGUGCGGUUCACCUGUAACCUGGGACAUGAGCUUCAGGGUUCAGGCAGCAUCACAUGCCGGGCGGACGGCACCUGGAGCGCCGAGGUUCCAACCUGUACAGCCAUAGAGUGUCCACAGUUGACAGCACCUAUGAAUGGUGCAAUGGUGGGCUACAAUUCCUAUCAAGACGAGGUAGAGUUCACCUGUGAAACAGGUUACAACCUUGUAGGUGGAGCAAUGAUCAAGUGUCAGGCAGACGGCACCUGGAGUGGCAGUGUCCCAACUUGCACACUUGUAAGGUGUCCGAUGUUGAAAGCUCCCGCAGACGGUGGAAUGACUGGCUCUAACUCCUACGGAAACACUGUGCAGUUUACCUGUGACUCAGGUUGCUGGCAUGUGGGUGCGGCGGCCGUCACAUGUCAGGCAGACGGCAGGUGGAGCGACAGUGUCCCCGUCUGUACAGCUGCAGACACAGUCACCCUGGGCAAACCAGCGUAUCAAACAAGCACUGGCUGGAAUGGGCCUGCAGAACUCGCCGUAGACGGGAACACUGAUGGCGACUACGACGCUGGUUCAUGUACACACACUGUAGGUGUUCCGGGUGAAACUGAUCCAAGCUGGUGGGUGGAUCUUGGACAGUCGUAUAUGGUUGACAGAAUAGUCGUAUUCAACCGCAUGGAAUGUUGUCAGGAACGACUCAACCCCUUCAACAUCCACAUCGGGGAUUCCGACCAGGUCAGCACGAACCCAAAGUGUGGCGGUGAUCAUCAAAUCGACGUGAACCAGCCGUCCAUUUCCGUCUCAUGUCAGGGGAUGAGGGGGCGGUACGUGGGCGUCCGUCUCCCCGGACCCAACCGAAUACUGACCCUGUGUGAAGUCCAAGUCUUUUCGGACGUACCCUGCCCCGUACUGACGGCUCCUGUAGACGGUACCAUGACCGGACACCGCUAUUUCUUCUAUGGGUCCAUCUCUUUCCGGGAGUAUUUGCCGGCAGGUGCAACUCGCUGCGAUGCCUACCCUGAGGACGUGGAGUUCACCUGUCACCAAGGUUACCAUCUUACAGGUGCGACGCGUAUCACGUGCCAGGCAGACGGCACCUGGAGUGAUAGUGUUCCCACUUGCACAGUUGUACAGUGUCCGUCUCUGGCGGCUCCUAUCAACGGCAUGAUGACUGGCUCCAAUCUUUACCGAGACGUGGUUCACUUCGCAUGUGACACCGGAUACGAUCUCGUAGGUCCUCCAAGCGCCACGUGUCUGGCAAGCGGCGCAUGGAGUGACAUUGUCCCCAAUUGCUCAGCGGUAAGGUGUCCCCUACUGGAAGCACCCGCACAUGGUACAAUGACUGGCAACAACUCCUAUCAGGACGUGGCAGAGUUCACAUGUGAUGUUGGAUACAGUCGUGUGGGUGUAGGAAGUGCUACAUGUCAGGCAGACGCUAGGUGGAGUGACAUUGCACCCGUUUGCACAGUGGUGAAAUGUCCAGAGCUGACGCCUCCACCAAACGGUGCAAUGGAGGGCUCCUCUAACUCCUUUGAGGAUGUUGUACACUUCAGCUGUUACCCGGGUUACAAUCUUGUAGGUGCUACAAACACAACAUGUCAAGCAGACGGUACAUGGGGUGACAAUACUCCCACCUGCGAAAGUAAGUCAUUUUUCGUACAGUGCCCAUUGCCGACAGCUCCUGAACAUGGUGAAAGAACAGGGUCAAACCUGUACCGAGAUGUGCUGCACUUCACCUGUCACACAGGUUACUACAUUGACGGUUCUAGAGAUAUCGUGUGCCUGGCUAGUGGCACGUGGAGCGACAAUGUCCCGACCUGCACAGGUAGAGCUUUCUGGUGUUUACUCAUGAAAAUACUUAUAUCUAUGUUAUCAUGAAAGUUCAUCUGUGUUGGUAGUUAUAUGUUUAAAGUCAA